CGUGCGCGUCUGCAGUAAGAAUGUAGCGCCUUGAAACUUACUAACGUAUCUUUACUGCGUCAUUUAGGAAAACAUUAUUGAUAUUUUAAACCUAAGCGUCCCUAUUGCUUUACUUUUUUCUGUUACUAAAACGAUGACCAGGAGCUCAUUUGGAAUACUAUAUGGACACGAGGAUGCACCGCAAUUACCGGAGUAUUUCUUCUGCAUUAACCACUUACUGAGGACUAUAACAUUGUAAUCUUCAAGAAAAAAAAAAGAAAAAAAAACUUGGAACAUUGACAAUUAUAUUAAAUUAUUGUUGAUCAAAAUAUCUGCAACGACUUCUGUUCGUACCUCUUAAAGAACUUUGGCGAUUUUAAUUUAUCUUAAACCAGGACACACACUUAUGAUCUACGACAUGAUGUUUUAAUCCCAAUGGAAAAUCAUUAACUUUGAGCGGCCCUGCGUGAAGAUGGGACCCUCGCAGCUAAACACUCCACCGAGUUAGCCAUGCAUCACGGUAAUUCAUCAGGCACUGUGCCACUCAACCCCUUUGCCAAUCACAGCCAGUGGACAGGGCAGGUGACCUCUCCAUCACUUGCCAGUCUUGAGAAUGUCACUUCGGAGAGACCAACCCUGAGCGGCCCCAUAGCUGCAAUGCUUUCGAUGACCCUGGGCAUCCUGUCUAACAUAGUUGCUUUACUCAUCCUGGCAAAUGCAUAUGCCCACCUGCGUCGACGAUCCAAAGCUUUCCUCCUGUUUGCGAGCUCUCUGGUGGCCACAGACUUUGUGGGACAUGUCAUACCUGGCUCAAUAGUUAUGAGGCUUUACCUUUCUGGGGGUGUACCCUCUGGAGACUACAACAGACAGGAGCCAUUAUGCCAGUUCCUAGGGGGCAGCAUGGUGUUUUUUGGCUUGUGCCCACUCUUUCUUGGUUGUGCUAUGGCAGUUGAGAGAUGUUUGGGGGUCACAAAGCCAUUACUCCAUGCUUCGCUGGUUACGACUGCAAGGACUAAACUCUCUCUUUCUGUCAUCUGGUUGGCAGCGUUAUGUGUUGCCCUUCUACCCUGCUUCCAGCUGGGCUCAUACACCUACCAGUACCCAGGAACUUGGUGUUUCAUUAAAGUUCUGGAGGAUACAGAUGUGGCAGAUGUGGCUUUUGUUAUGUUGUUCUCAGGACUAGGGUUGACAUCCCUGUCUGUUGCUUUGGUGUGCAACACCAUAAGUGGACUGACAUUGGUGUUAGCCAGGAUACGAAAGAAGCCUUGUAACCGUCAAUCAGCUAGGUCACAUGAUAUUGAGAUGGUGGUGCAGCUUGUGGGCAUAAUGGUCACUUCAUGUAUCUGCUGGAGCCCUCUUCUGAUUGUUGGCCUAUUUACAGUGACACAGUCAUACAAGGGCUCUAUAGAAGAUGACAUCGCCACCUAUAAGACCUUGAUGAUAAUGGGGGUGCGAAUAGCUUCAUGGAACCAGAUCCUGGACCCAUGGGUCUAUAUUCUUCUCCGUCGAGCCGUCCUCCAAAAGAUUUACCUCAUCACCAAACCUCAAAUCGACUUCAAAGAAAGCACAAUUGGCUGCUGGGAGAUCCAUUCCUUCCCUAGUUCUGAGAAGAAAACUGUCAGUAGAGUCUGAAAGUAAAUGAUAAGAAACCUCACACAGUGUCAGUCAUUGUGAAACUGAGCUUCUACAAAAUGGCAUUGUUCUGUAGUUUAAAGGUGCACUCAGUAAUUUAUUUCCUCAUUUAAAAAGUUUUACUUCUAAUUAAAUGAAUAGUGAUUUUGAGACAUGUAUGAAAUCAUGACCACUCAUGUGAGAUGAAGAGUUCAGUAAUAUCAGUGACCUUAUAAAAGCCGUUUAAUUUUACAUGGAGCAGGGGCGCCUCAUGGGGACUGCCAUAUUAGGAUCACAUUACCAGCUGAAUACUACUCGCUUAAUCUCAGUAACUGCCCUGUUAUUGAACACUUUCAUUCGUGGAUUAAAUUAAUCCUAGCCUACUGUGCAUAGUGAAUUUCUACAAUGGCAUUGGUAACUGAAAUUUACUGUUUGAACGAUGCAGCAUCCAGGCCACUAGGUGUCAGUGUAAGCCAUACUUCAACAUACCUCAAAUAAUAUUACUGAUUGCACCUUUAAUUGACAUGUCAUUGUAGGGUGAUGAGCUUCGUGGAUUUGCACAGAAAUAAAGCAUGAGAUGAACAUUCCUAACACUCCCUGUAGCAUAAUAGAGUAUAAUAAGAAUUUGGCUGAACACAUUCAUGCCAGUGAAAUAUAUAUAGGCCUAUAUUAUUUUCUCUUUUGGACCUUCAUUAGAGGAUACACUUUGGAGUUAGUAAUUGAAGCAUUGAUUGAUCCAACAUUUAAGACAAUUCACUAUGUGUAACACCAGAUUUGUCUAUUAAAAUGUGCCAAUGGCACAGAGGUCAGAGCUCACUGAAAACAUGAAGUAUCCUUUAAGUGAAAGUUCACUAAAAGUUAACUGAUCAACAAUAUAUUAACUGUGAGAGAAAAUCUUGCAGAUGGGGGGAAACUGAGUUUUCCCUCAUGUUUAUCUUGCAUGUUACUGUGCAUAAAUGCUGAUGUAAACAAUUAUGUUCAUGUUGUUGUAUAACUUAUUGCUUCUGUUAUUCCUCCAAUUUUCUGGAGGCUUUUUAUGUUAUUUUACAUUAAAAAGCAUUAUACAAAAUAAAACAGAACCAAGCUCACAAAUACGACAUUUCUCUCUUACUAUGAAACCAAUCUUCAUAUAUUUAUUUAUAUUAACCCCCUCUAUAACCAGUCUUUGUAACUUGUUUUGUAAUUUAGAGAUGUUUUUCUAUAAAAGGGCCUAGUUCUUGCUGUGAGAUGUUACCCCACUCUUCCACCAAGGCAUUUGCAAGUUCCCGGACAUUUUUGGGGGGAAUGGCCCUAGCCCUCCCCCUUUAUAUCCAACAGGUCCCAGAUGUGCUCAAUGGGAUUGAGAUCCAGGCUCUUCGCUGGCCAUGGCAGAACACUGACAUUCCUGUCUUGCAGGAAAGCACGCACAGAACGAGCAGUAUGUCAGGAUAAGCCUGCAGGAACCACAUGAGGGAGGAUCAUCAGUUCGAUGAUGCUGUGACACAUCGCCCCAGACCAUGACGGACCUCCAAAUCGAUCCUGUUCCAGAGUACAGGCCUCGGUGUAAUGCACAUUCCUACGAAUCCGACCAUCACCCCUUUUGAGACAAAACAGUGACUUGUCAGUGAAGAGCACUUUUUGCCAGUCCUGUCUGGUCCAGCGAAGGUGGGUUUGUGCCCAUAGGCGAUGUUGUUGCCAGUGAUGUCUGGUAAGGCCUACAAGCCCUCAGUCCAGCCUCUCUCAGCCUAUUGCAGACAGUCUGAGCACUGAUGGAGGGAUUGUGCGUUCCUAGUGUAACUCGGGCAGUUGUUGUUGCCAUCCUUUACCUGUCCCACAGUUGUGAUAUUCGGAUGUACCGAUCCUGUGCAGGUGUUGUUACACAUGGUCUGCCACUGUGAGAAUGAUCAGCUGUCCUUCCUGUCUCCCUGUAGUGCUGUCUUAGGCAUCUCACAGUACGGACAUUGUAAUUUAUUGCCCUGACCACAUCUGCAGUUCUCAUACCUCCAUGCAGCAUGCCUAAGGCACGUUCACGCAGAUGAGCAGGGACCCUGGCCAGCUUUCUUUUGGUGUUUUUCAGAGUCAGUAGAAAGGUCUCUUUAGUGUCCUACGUUUUUAUAACUGUGACCUUAAUUGCCUACCAUCUGUAAGCUGUUAGUGUCUUAAUGACCAUUCCACAGGUUCAUGUUCAUUAAUUGUUUAUGGUUCAUUGAACAAGCAUGGAAAACAUUGUUUAAACCCUUUACAAUAAAGAUCUGUAAAGUUAUUUGGAUUUUUACAAAAUUAUCUUUAAAAUACAGUGUGCUUAAAAAGGGACGUUUCUUUUUUGUUUGUUUUUUUUUUUGCUUUUCUUUUUUUUUUUUUUUUUGCUUUUUUAUAUAUAUUAUAUAAUUCUGAGUUUAAUAUUUUAACUAUAGAAAUUACAUAGGGACAUUCAGCAAGAGACCUUAUAUACUGAUCUAUAACUCCGCGUUUUUACCAUAGGAGAAAACGCAACGGCAGAGCCCUUCUAUCAAAGACCCUUAAGGUUAACAAAACAAUGCAUUACGCAGCGGUCCAGGCGUUCUGAAGAGGAGACCACAGGCCGUUUUUUGAACGGGUAUCUGUGGAGGAGAUGCUUGAGUGUGCUGAAGAAACUGCUUUUGUGAGAACACAUAUCAUCACUUAAUGAACUGACCACCUGUCCUCUAAUCAUCAACAUGUGUUACACUAAACAAUCCUUUUGGAAUGCACUAUGUGUGGAGUUUGCUACGACACAAUUGUUGUUUCAUAAGAGAAGACACAGUUUUGCGACAGGUAGGUGUCAGUUUACGGCUUUACCCAUUCAUUUGUAAGAUCUCCGCAAACGGUGACAUACUGUUGUAACUCGCUAGUUGACCGUUACGUUGUCUCAUAUGGUAAAAACGUGGAGUUUGUUUAGAUAUAAAAGGUCUCUGGUAUAGUGGUUCGCAAUCUAGCGUGCAUAUAGUUCCUCGAUAUUCCGCUAGGUGAGACCAGUCUGAAUCCAGGAGAAGGGUCUGGCUGCAGACUUGCACUUGCAC